AGCAUUUCGAUCUGCACGAUGAAGAGGCUGACUUUUGAACAUGAAGAGCCGGAGGUGAGCAUCACCAGCGUGGCUCGACAGGUCAUGCCGCUGCUUGCGCGCAGCUUCGGCGGCGAGGCUGGUCACGGUCUCGGCAAGCCAUCGGCCUCGCCGCGCGUGUUCGAGUGCAAGACGUGCAUGCGCCGGUUCCCGUCGUUCCAGGCGCUGGGCGGGCAUCGCGCCAGCCACAAGCGCCCGCGCGCUGCCGCGACGGGGGCGGGGGAUCCCGCGAGCGGGAAGGCACGCGCGCACGGGUGCGCGGUGUGCGGCGUCGAGUUCGCGCUCGGGCAGGCGCUGGGGGGCCACAUGAGGCGACACCGCGCCGUGGGGGACGAGAGCGCCAGCGCCCGCGGGUUGGGCGAGGCCGUGGCCGAGCUGAAGCCCGACGAAGCAAGAGGCCUGCUGGGCUUGGACCUAAACAUUGCCCCCACCUGACUGGGAUUUCGUGUUUCUUUCGCUUUUGACCUGGCCACCUGGGUUUGUAAUUCGGAGUUGUUCCGAUACAACACGUCAACACGAUCGAUUGGUAAUUUGGUAUACGGUACUGUCCAACGUUUUC